UUCACUAGUUGUUGACAUCAUGGCGGGUUCAAUGAGUUUUCCAAAGUGGUUAUUGGGUUGUAAGGAUGAUGUAAUCCAGACAAAGGAAUGGAACACCUUUUUGCACGAGCUCAAUGAUGCCAUACAACAGCAGCUGAAUCAAAAUCAUGUCCAGUACUUUACAGACCUCUCUGAUGCUGAAAAAGAGUUGUUUAUGCAACGUGCUACAAAAGCUAUUGAAGGGGGUGCUGCUUUCAAAGCUAUGUUUGGCAAAGUGUCAAUGCUUAUGGACCAACAUCUGAAUGAGGAUGUUGCCAGGCAGCUGAUGGAAGAUUCCCCACUUGACACUAAAACAGAUCUUGUUAUUGAAGGUGCCGAAGAAGGAGUAAUAAGCCUACUCAAGAAAUGGCCAGAGAUGAAAUCUAAGCUACACGUUUGUUUUAAUCAGCCUCUAGCCCCUCCCAUUCGCCAGCUGGCAUGGAAACUCUUCCUUGCAAACCCUAAAGCUCGCAAGACAUACAUUGAUCUUCUAAAUGGAAAUCCUCGCAGUGCCAUCUCACCACUAGACCUGGAGAUCUCACAGAAAUGUGAGCAGCUGCUGAUUUCAGAGCCGACUUGUUUUGAGUUGAAAGGGUCUGUUGGGGCAUUUUAUGGAAUGAAGGCUGUUUUGUCAUAUCACCAUGCCAUUCAGCAUUCCAGUAGUCGCUUGCGAGACACAGACUACAUGUUGGUCGUACCUUUUGUAUAUGUGCAGACUCCUCACAUUUCAAGGAGGGAACCAGCUCCUGGAAAUGUAGUGGCCCUGAUGGUGGAGGAGUUCUUGACGUUUAUGGACACUCGCCCAGGCUUUAUGCUAGAUACAGGCUUAGAGGCACACACAGAGGAACUGCGAGGUUUUGCUCAACGUGUUGGCUCUGUUCUGCAGCAGCACUACUCAGACAUUGCUAAGGCAGUGUCUGAUGCCUAUCUUCCUGCCAGAGAAAAAAUUGUGGCAACAGAGAGUGGGUCCAACGUUCUGCUAAAGGAAGGGCUAAUGGAACUGAUUCGACCUGUUACACGUUCCAUGUUUGUUGGUUACCUGAAGCUGGAUACCCUGAUGUACGUGUGGGACAAUUACAUCAUCGGUCUUGAUGUACCAGGCUUUGGCAGUGAGUGGUUGGCCAUCAUUAUGGCAACACUUCUUGGGCUAUUGCAAGAUAAAUUGAAGAGUUCUAAAUCACCAGCAGCAAUGGAGAGCGUUCUUCGUAGAGAGUGUCCUCUGUUAACAGUCCCUCAGUUCCAGUACCAGGUGAAUCGUUACCAUCAUCGUGACUUGUACAACUUGCUGAUGUCAGAUCAAAAAGCAGCAAUACCAGUCCUUGAUCCAACACAAGCGAUUCACCCGCCCUGGAGACACUGGUACAAUGACCUGAUCCCACCAUACACCAAACCCCAUGACAGGCGACGAGCACGAGAAGAGAGAGAACUUGAGAGAGAAAGAAUUCUUCAGCAAAAGAGAGAAGCAGAUCUACUGCAGAAAGCAAAAAGUGACAGAGAACGAAAAGAGGAAGAAGAGCAUGUGAAGGCGAUGGCAGCUGAGCGUGGUCGUCUCCAACAAGAGAGGCAAGACCUGGAGCAACAGCUGCUGGCGGAGAGGCAACAGCGCCUGGAUGCAGAGCGACGAGCUCAGGAACAGAUUGACAUGUUGAGACGGGAAAUUGAGACUCUUCGCCAAAAGCCAAAAUCACCAGCACCUUCCAUAUACAGUGUAAGCUCCUAUAUCAGUCGGGUUCUUAUUCCACCCCCACCUACACCUGCCUCUGGUUCCCAUCAACUUCCCACCAUCCCUGAGACCCCUGUCCAUACCCCUUCAAGACAGCCGACGCCUGAAGACCAAACAGAGAGCACCAUCAUGGACUUUCUGGAGCGAAUACGGCAAAGUAUGGACUACAUUGCCCAUAGUGAUGGUCUAGACAAGCAAACACUAGACACUGAGUCGGAGGGCUUCAUACAGCAGAACGUGCAGGACCUCAAACAGGCACAGGUGGAGGUAUUUGGGCACAAGCUGCGGCCCGGGGAGUUUGAAACCAUGGGAACGCUGCAGCAGCAGGAGGCCAGUGACAAGAUGAUGCAGUUGAUUCAGAAGUGGCGGGAGGAGAGGCGGGCACGUGAGCUGGCAGCCAAAUAAACCCUGCACUUGACAGAACAUGGAAUGACUGCAAUUUUUAGCUAGACAGAACGUGUAGAGAGACCAUAGAAUAACCGAAAUAUUUGUUUAGAAAAGAUGUAAAUGUAGACUGUCAUCAUCAUCGUCAUUGUCACCAUCAUCAACAGCAGUUGCAGUGAUAGCAACACCAUCUUGAGUAUAUCGCUAUGCACGCGUACAUAUGCAUGUCACUCACCGAGUCACUCCACCUUUGACUGGUAGCCAUCACUAGGUGGCAGCACUUGGUUACAUGCAGCAGCUGACAAGGCCCGCCACUCUUGCCUGUCUUGGGUGACAGCGAGCAGGUCCUCCACAGGACGUCCAGUCCACUCCUUGAUGCUGGUAAGUCAGUUCUUCCUCUGACCACCGAGGCGCCGACUACCCUCCCAGGUGCCUUGAAGAACAGUCUUCGACAGGGUGGUGUGCGGGUCACAUGGCUGGCCAGCUUACGUCCCUUGACUGUUCUAAAAGGAGGUUCCUGGUGUCUGUGAGUGUGUUGACCAUGCUGCGCACAAAGUCAUUGCACUUUCAGUCUGCGUACUGCUGGUUUGACUGGCAGGCCUACAGGUUCUCUGGGUCUAGUCUGAUUGCUUUGAAGGAUGUUGUACAGGUCUUUGCAAUAUUUAAUCCAUGUGGAGUACAGCAGUGCUUUCUGGGAGAAGGCAACCAUUGCUGUCUAUAAUAUGUAUAUAAAGGUAAAUGUAUUUAAAUAUUUCAUAUUCUUAUGCUUAGAUCGAUGUAGGCAACAUUCCUGCACAUAUGGCUCGUAAUGUUUGUGGCGAUAUUUUAUAUUAAACUGUGCAUCACUGACUGAUGUGAAUGGAGAGUUGUGAAAAACAAAA